UCUGAUUCAGGGCGACCAGCCACGAGCACCUUGAACCGCUUCUCAGCGCUCCAGCAGUCGACCCCUGCCGAGAGCCUGGAGUCCCGCCGUGUGGUGCAGAGGAGCAGCUCCAGCCGCGACAGGUCAGAGAAGGCUGGGGACAGAGGGGACCGGGAGUCACGUUCGGAGAAGAGCAGUGACCGCCUGGAGCGUCCCGACCGGGGGGAGCGGGCAGACAGGAACAGGUCUGCUCUCACCAAGAGGAGCUUCAGCAAAGAGACAGAGGACAGGAGCCGAGAACGGGAGAAGCAGGGCGGCCCCGAGGCCGUGCGCAAGGCUGCUAGCAUGACAGAGGAACGGGACAGGAGCCGAGAGACCAUUAAGCAAGAGCCAGCAGCUCCCGCAGCGUCUCCCAAGCCUGCGCUGUCGGAAGAGGAGCUGGAGAAGAAAUCCAAGGCGAUCAUAGAGGAAUACCUGCACAUCAAUGACAUGAAGGAGGCCCUGCAGUGUGUGCAGGAGCUGGGCAGCCCCUCCUCGCUCUACAUCUUCGUGCAGAAUGGCAUUGAGUCCACGCUGGAGAGGAGCACCAUUUCCCGAGAGCACAUGGGGGUCCUGCUGUGCCAGCUGGUGAAGGCAGGCACGCUUUCCAAGGAACAGUACUACAAAGGGCUGCGGGAGAUCCUGGAGAUCGCAGAAGACAUGGAGAUUGACAUCCCCCACAUCUGGCUGUACCUGGCCGAGCUCAUCACCCCCAUCCUGCAAGAGGAAGGCAUCCCCAUGGAGGAGCUGUUCAGGGAGAUAACGAAGCCCCUGGUGCCUAUUGGGAAGGCCACUACGCUGCUGGUCGAGGUGCUGGGCUUGUUGUGCAAGGGCAUGAGCCAGAAGACCGCAGGGAAGCUGUGGCGGGAUGGGGGCCUGAGCUGGAAGGAAUUCCUGCCCGAGGACCAGGACGUUAACAAAUUUGUCACAGAGCAGAAAUUGGAGUACACGAUGGGGGACAGCUCAGACACGCCGAGCCGCAAGGAGCUGACCUCAGAGGAGCUGUGCAAGCAAAUGGACAAACUGCUGAAGGAGAACCCGAACAACCAAAGAAUAUACGACUGGAUCGAGGCCAACCUGAGCGAGCAGCAGGUCUCAUCCAACACGUUUAUCAGGGCCCUGAUGACGUCUGUGUGCCACUCGGCCAUCAUCUUCGAGAACCCCUACCGUGUGGACGCCAUGGUCAUCCGCAACCAAGCCAAGCUCCUGCAGAAGUACCUGCGGGACGAGCAGAAGGAGCUCCAGGCACUCUACGCCCUGCAAGCCUUGGUGGUGAAGUUGGACCAGCCUCCCAACCUGCUGCGGAUGUUCUUUGAUGCCCUCUAUGACGAGGAUGUCAUCAAGGAGGAGGCUUUCUACAAGUGGGAGUCCAGCAAGGACCCGGCUGAGCAGCAGGGCAAAGGGGUGGCUCUCAAAUCGGUGACGGCCUUUUUCACCUGGCUUCGGGAAGCUGAGGAUGAGUCGGACAACAACUGA